UUCAUCUCCUACAAGAGUAAGCAAAGAUAGGAAGGAACGGAAUGGCUAAAGAUGAAGUGAAGCUAAUUGGAUUCUGGGCAAGUCCUUUUGCUCUUAGAGUUGAAUGGGCACUCAAAAUCAAAGGAGUCGAAUACAAAUACAUAGAUGAAGAUCUUAAGAACAAAAGUCCCAUGUUGUUGCAGUAUAACCCUGUUCAUAAAAAGAUCCCAGUACUUGUUCACAAUGGAAAACCUGUUGCGGAAUCUCUAGUUAUCAUUGAGUAUAUUGACGAAACUUGGAAACAAAAUCCCAUAUUUCCUGAAGAUCCUUACGAGAAGGCACAAGCACGUUUCUGGGCCAAGUUCGCUGAUGACAAGUGUCAACCUUCAAUUUUUAGUACAUUUCUUAAACAAGGUGAGGAGCUAGAAAAAGCAGUAAAGGAAGCUCGGGAGAAUCUGAAAACUCUUGAAAUGGGUUUGAAGGGUAAGUUCUUCGGAGGUGAAAAGAUAGGAUUUGCUGACGUUGCUAUUGGAUGGAUUCCGUUUUGGACUAGAAUUACUGAAGAAAUUGUGGGUGUUAAGCUUGUGGAUGAAGUGAACAUGCCUUUGCUUAACGCAUGGUUUGAGGAUGUUCUUGAUGUUGAGAUUCUGAAAGAGAGGUUACCACCUCGCGAUGAAACGUUAGCACACUGCAAAACGUUUCGCGAGUCUCUUCUAUCUGGAGCUGCAGCUGCAUCCACCUGAAAUUUGCCAGUUAACUACUAGUUUACUGCUUGAUGUUUUCCAUAGAUAAAGCUGUUUAGAGAGUGUUAUAUGUUAAUGUUUUGUUUACUGUCUCUGUUCUUGUUUGAAUGGUCAUGGUUGCUACAAAAAUAAUGAAAUGAAAAGGUUAGUUAUCGGGUGAUUAAUUUUA